AUGGCAUGCACUAUACCCUACAAAUUUCUCCCCGCAGGUACAUGUUCUAUGGCUGUCGAAGAGGACGAGAUGGUUAUCGACGCUAUUUUGAAAGCUCGCAACGUUCGUGUGGUUGCAUUUGACGACGUAGUCAACUUCGGCUCGGAGGGCUUCACUUCUUUUCGAGGAAAGCAAUUUCACCCUAGUCUUAAGCAUUCGAGGAGAUUCUUUCCGCAUGUUCACAAUAUGGACGGAUUUUUCGUGUGCAAAUUGCAAAAGUUCAGCAACGAUAUUCCUCAGCGUGUUAGGAAGGACCGUCGACCCACCGAAGCUGUUACGCACGCCUGGGGGGAAGACAAAUGGACUACCGAGUUUAUGGAUUCUGUGAUGGACGACUUCCCUCAAGAAGAGGGUAAACUGCCGCCUCCUGAGGAAAAGAAAAAGCAGCUGAAGAUGUCGAAGAAAAGACGGAAAUUGGAGAAGCAAAAGGCAACUCAGAAGGCUCAAGAGGAAGUAGAACCUAGCAAGGAAGGAGUUCAGAAGGAGAAAGCGUUGAAGAAACGGAAGUUCCAAAAAAAAGGGGGUAAGUCGAAGGCGUCCAAGGUUGCCUCCACGUGA